AUGGCUCAGUCCUUCAACAUUGAUGUUCCAUGGAUCAUGUGCCAACAAUCUGAUGCCCCUCAACCAAUGAUCAAUACUUGCAAUGGUUGGUAUUGUCACGACUUCAAGCCCAAUAACCCUAACAGUCCUAAGAUGUGGACUGAAAAUUGGGUUGGCUGGUUCAAGAAUUGGGGUGGUAAAGAUCCACAUAGAACUGCCGAAGAUGUUGCCUAUUCUGUGACUAGGUUUUUUCAAACAGGUGGCACAUUCCAAAAUUACUAUAUGUAUCAUGGUGGGACUAACUUUGGUAGAACAGCCGGAGGUCCAUACAUUACUACUACAUAUGAUUACGAUGCUCCUCUUGAUGAAUUCGGAAACAUAGCCCAACCAAAAUGGGGUCACCUCAAAGAACUUCACAAGGUUCUGAAAUCAAUGGAGAAUAGUCUAACCAAUUAUUUAAACGUAUCUGAAGUUGACUUGGGUGACUCUGUUAAGGCUACUGUAUAUGUCGCAAAUGAUUCAUCAAGUUGCUUCUUGACCAACACCAACACAACCACCGAUGCCAUAGUAACAUUUAGAGGAAACAAAUAUAAUGUUCCUGCUUGGUCGGUUAGUCUUCUUCCUGAUUGUCAAACUGAAGAGUAUAACACAGCCAAGGUGAAUGUUCAAACAUCCAUCAUGAUAAAAAGUAAAAACAAAGCAGAAGAUGAACCAACGACUUUGAAUUGGGUGUGGAGAGCUGAGAAUGUUGAUGAUUCUCUCCAUGGCAAAGGAAAUUUCUCUACAAACGGGCUUAUUGAUCAAAAAAUAGUUGCUUCUGAUACCAGUGAUUAUCUUUGGUACAUGACAAGACUUGAUCUCGAUCAAAGUGAUCCAGUUUUGUCGGGUAAUAUGUCUCUUAGGAUUAAUGGCAGUGGCCAUGUAAUUCAUGCAUUCGUUAAUGGAGAACAUAUCGGCUCCCAUUGGGCUACAUAUGGUAUCCACAGUGAUGAAUUUGAGCCUAAGAUUAAGUUGAAGCAAGGAAAGAACAUUAUCAGCCUCCUCAGUGUCACUGUUGGACUACAGAACUAUGGACCAAACUAUGAUAAAUGGAGCACCGGUCUUGUCGGGCCCAUUAGUGUAAUCGGCAAAAAAGAUGAUGAAACUGUGGUCAAAGAUCUAUCCUCAAACAAAUGGUUUUACAAGGUUGGGUUGCAUGGUUGGGACAACAAAUUUUUCAGUGAGGACUCUCCUUAUGCUUCUGAUUCCAAAUGGGAAUCUGAGUACUUAACCACAAACAGAAUGUUGACAUGGUACAAGACUACUUUUAAAGCUCCUCUUGGGUCAGAUCCUGUGGUUGUGGAUUUGCAAGGAAUGGGGAAAGGGUUUGCUUGGGUGAAUGGCCAUAAUAUUGGUCGCACAUGGCCUAGUUAUGAUGCAAGUGAGGAUGGUUGCAGUGAUGAUCCUUGCGACUACCGUGGUGAAUAUACCGACAAAAAAUGUGUUACCAAUUGUGGCAAGCCCACACAAAGAUGGUACCAUGUCCCUCGAUCCUUUAUCCAAGAUGAUGUAAACACAUUGGUUUUGUUUGAGGAAAUUGGUGGCAAUCCAUCUCUGGUGAAUUUUCAAACAGUUGUUGUUGGGUCUGUUUGUGGAAAGACUGAUGAGAAGAAGAGUUUGGAAUUGUCUUGUUAUGGACGUUCCAUUUCAGAUAUAAAGUUUACAAGUUUUGGCAAUCCAGAAGGUGAAUGUGGAGCAUUUAAACAUGGAAGUUGUGAAAGCAAAAAUGAUGUUUUGUCCAUUGUACAAAAUGCAUGUGUGGGCAAGGAAUCGUGCAUCAUUGAUGUUUCAGAAAAAACUUUUGGACCAACAAGUUGUGGAGAUAUGGUGAAGAGGCUCGCGGUUGAGGCAGUUUGUUAG